UCUUCCACGGCGCGUCUCCCAGCUCUUCCUUUCUCCGUCUUCGGUCGGAUCUCUCGGUGUGCAGGAAGGAGCGCAGCAGUAGCAGCAGCACCAGCUGGGCGGUGGCGAUCUGGAUUGCAGGAGCCCGGCCAGGCAGCGCGGACCGCUCGCUCGAUGAGCCACAUCUGGAGAGCCUGACAGUCCGAUCCGUCACCGAGGCCAUUGAGGGGUAGUGAUGACGACAGAGACAGGCCAGGAGCUGGAGGUGAAGAACGCCACAGAGGAACCUCCGCAACAGCAGGGGGUAUCAGCAAGUGCACCGGGAAGCCAGACUACUGAUGGCAAGAGGGCAAAGCAGGAUCAUGAGGACAAGGAGAUGGGAGAAAGAGAUGAUGCCUCAGAGAAGACAACCCCCAGUAAAAUCCCAAAGUCACCCCAGAAAUCAUCCAAGAGGCCCAAAACAGUCUCCUUUAAAGUGACUCUUCUGGACACCUCUGAAUAUGAGGCAGAGAUUGAGAAACACUCAAAGGGUCAGACGCUGUUCGACAUGGUGUGUGAGCACCUCAAUCUGCUGGAGAAGGACUACUUUGGAUUGACGUUCUGCGAUGCUGACAGCCAAAAGAACUGGUUAGAUCCAUCAAAGGAGAUUAAGAAACAGAUCCGCACUAUGCCUUGGCAUUUUGCCUUUGCGGUGAAGUUUUAUCCCCCAGAUCCUGCCCAGCUCAUCGAAGACAUCACCAGAUAUUACCUGUGCCUACAGCUCCGGGAUGACAUCCUCUCAGGACGGCUGCCUUGCUCUUUUGUCACACACGCUUUGCUUGGUUCUUAUGCUGUGCAAGCAGAGCUGGGAGACUAUGAUGCUGACGAACAUGGCACAGAUUACGUGAGCGAUUUCCGCUUUGCACCUAACCAAACUCGUGAACUGGAAGAGAGGGUCAUGGAGCUGCAUCGCACAUAUAGGGGUAUGACACCUGCAGAGGCCGAAAUCAACUUCCUGGAAAAUGCCAAGAAACUUUCCAUGUAUGGAGUGGACCUGCACCAUGCCAAGGACUCGGAAGGAAUUGACAUCAUGCUAGGUGUGUGCGCCAAUGGCCUGCUAAUCUAUCGAGACCGACUUAGGAUUAACCGGUUUGCAUGGCCAAAAAUCCUCAAGAUCUCCUACAAAAGGAGCAACUUCUACAUUAAAAUUCGUCCAGGAGAGUAUGAACAGUUUGAGAGCACCAUUGGUUUCAAGCUGCCAAACCACAGAGCAGCGAAGCGCCUUUGGAAAGUCUGCAUUGAGCAUCACACAUUUUUCAGGUUGGUAUCCCCUGAACCCCCACCCAAAGGCUUCUUAGUGAUGGGGUCCAAGUUCCGAUAUAGCGGCAGGACACAAGCGCAAACGAGGCAAGCCAGUGCUCUGAUCGACCGCCCUGCCCCUCAUUUUGAGAGGUCGUCCAGCAAGAGAUACCUGCUUUCACGCAGCCUGGACGGAGAGUUCUCCCGUCCAGCCUCUGUCCUGGGAGAGAAUCACGACGGCAUGUCUCAGCGCAGCUCGAGUGAGAGGCAGCGGCGGGGAUCUGACGAGGAUCAAACUGAAGAUCACAACGAGGAGAUGAACAGCAUUACCACCCCAACAAAAAUCAAGGAUCUCAAGAAGGAUGAUGACGACUCACCCAGCGAAAGCAAACAGUCGGAUCAAGAGUCCACCCCUCGACAUAAACAGGAGUUCCUGGACAAGUCUGAAGAUGUCCUUCUGAAGCACCAGGCCAGCAUCAAUGAACUGAAGCGUACCUUGAAACAGCCCAACAGCAAACUGGUGCAUCGGGAGAAGCGACUAUCCAGCACGUCACCAGCAUCCUCUUCACCUAAACACGAUGGUUCUGUAGGAGGCACGCCGGAGAAGAAACCUGUGUCAGACUCAGAAGGGAAAGAGGGAUCUGUUGCUGCUGCUGCUCUGGAAGGAUUCACCCAGAAGACUGUGGUAUCUUCUCCUGAGGGUUCUGAGGAAUGGGUAUUUAUUGAAAAGCGUGAGGAGCUGGCCAUUGAGUUGAAACAUGGCAAGGAUAGGCCCGUUCCUCUGAAAUCAGUAGACCUCUCAAGCAGAGCAGCACCAGAGAAAGAAGCUGCAGAUAAAAACAAUCAGGAAAUGGGCGAUGCCUUGGAAGGGACGAAGAUGAAGGAGGAGAGGGUCAUCACCGAAAAGCGAAUUGUUCUGAGGUCUGAUUCUUUGGAAACAUCUGAUUCACAGUUUUUGUGGAAAGAUCCUGGACCAGGCUUUUCUGAUCGAAGUGGUGAAAGACACGAAGUACAAACCAAAGGGAACGAACCAAGAGCUCCAGGGACUGAAUGGCUGAAAGAGAAAUCGGGAAAUGGAGGGAAACUGACAGGGGUUGGAUCUCAAAGAAGAGUAAGAUCUUGGGUAUUGGAUGUUGAUGAUCAAGAAGAGAAUGUUGUGAUGAGGCGUUCAAGAAGUCAGAGACCACAAAGUCUGAAUCUGGGUAAACCAGCUACUCUGUCUUUUGAAACAGAAGACGAGCCUUCAGAAGCUUCUAACAGUGACGACACGCCGCUUAAAAAUGAGCAAAUGGGAGAAUAUGACUUUCAGAUAUCUAUGUCUUCUGAGUCCUUUCUGCAGAUGGAUGAAGUCCAAAAAGAGAAGUGUCACUUUUCAGCUGCAGAUUCUUCCUUGUGCCCCCAAGACACCACAGACAUAAAACUCAAAAUAGAUCCUUCCAUUACCAAUCGUGGCCAGAAAAUUGAAGAUUCAAGUGAACAGAGUGUGCCAGAAGUGCUAACUCCUCCACCUGAUGAUGACCAUAAAGUAAUAGUGACACCAAAGGAACCAAUGAAUCAUGAAGAAAAGGAAGACAAUAGCCUUCCUCUGUGUAACUUCUCUGCUUCACAACUAACAGGUACUGUCAUUUUCCAGAAGGGUUCUUCAACCCAGAAAGAAUUUCAACAGGAAAGUCCCCACUCAGAGUCAACAUCAGACGUUUUUCCAAUUGAAAAGAACAGAGAAAUGGAGCAAAAACGAUAUGUAGAGAAAUUAAGAAACCGUCACGAUUUUAAUGUUUUCGAUAUUUGUCCAGUUAAGGCAGACACAGUCUAUGAAACAGAACCAAAGAAGCAGCCAGAGUUAGAAAACCUUGGCCAAAAGGACAAAGGUAAGGAAUGUCAGUCUUCUGAUCUUGAACCUUUAAUACAAACAGCCAGAUGGGAGCAAUCUGUGCUGGUCACCAACAUUCAUGGAAGGGCUCAUUCUACUGGAAUGGAAGAACAAGAAAUAAAAUCUGUAGAUGUUAUUGAAACUACGACUGUAGUUGUUGGAGAGUUUGUGGACCAGAGAGAACCGAUCAUUGCUACAAGUUCUUCAGAAGAGGACACUGUGAUCUUAGUGCAAGGUGCAGAAGAAAGGCCAACAAGUGAAAUGAGGAACAAUGGACAGAUCUCAACUACCCACUCUUCUCCAGAGGUAUUAUCCACAGACGGGAGCAAAACAGAUCCUGAAAUGCUUAGCCAGGGUCACAUAGACAAUAGGCCAAACAAUUUAUGUCAAGAAAGCUCAUUUAAGAAGGACCCUGAGGAAGACAAGGCACAGGAAUUAUUAAAUAACAUUAAAUGGAGAGAGGAGAAAUGCCACCUUCCUGGUCCUCCUUUAGCAGUGAAACAGAAGAAGACCACUGAUACCCAAUCCUCCAAAACUGCAGACUCUUCUACUGAGUUUAUUCCGGGGAAAAUUAGAGAAGACAAUCUAAGAGAAUCCUCAUUUAUGGAAAAGCAGUUUUUUUGUUCAAAAACAUCUGGAGACCAAAGUGUAUCUGACUGUAGACACCUGAACAAGAAGCAUUUUGACAACCAAGCAAAAGAAGCCAAAGCUUGGCCUGAGCCUAUAGAUGAGCCAUUGAAAGACCAAGACCACGGAGUAAUACAUAGAGUCAGUCGCAGUUUACCAAGAGACCAGGCUCCCGAAGUUUUAAAGAAAAGACAUGUGGAGCCCUUCUCUGCACCCGCCAUAUAUGAAGAAGCAUUCAAUGAAUCGCAGUUUCAGCUCUCAAAGAAGGAAACAACCGUCCCGGUCCAGAAGAUAACAGAAGCCAAAGAUAUCGUGCCACCAGCAGAAGAUUCUGUGAUGGAGAAAACAGAGCAGCAGCUUGAAAGUGGUAUCAUCAUCAUCAACAAGGAGGAAGAGAUGGUAACACCAUCCCAAACAACCCCAGCCCUGGCGGAUUCAGUAUUACCGAGUCACAGUAGCGGUGGUGACAGUAUAAGAGAAGCUCCCAGUAGCCCCCAGCCUGUGGCCAUUGACAGCAGCUCACCCGUGAAGAUUACUCCCCUAGGGAAGGAGACUGGAGUUUUCUUACAGACGGUAACCACAGAAACUGUUACCUCAGCAACCACUACACAUGUUACCAAGACAGUGAAGGGUGGCUUCUCGGAGACCCGGAUUGAGAAGAGAAUCAUAAUCACUGGGGAUGAUGAUGUCGAUCAAGAACAGGCCCUAGCUAUGGCAAUUCAGGAAGCCAAGCAGCAGCACCCAGACAUGCUUGUUACCAAGGCAGUGGUUGUCAGGGAAACAGAAUGCACUCCACAUGAGAAUCCCAGGAAAUCUCAGUCUUGAUCUCUGGCGAUGUGGUCUGGGGACCAGGGCUUCUCAUGGGAAAGGGACCAGAGGGAUUUCUUGCCUGCUAUAGCCCACCUCUGCCUUCAAGACCCCACGGCUGCUUCGUGACAUCACAACAACCUGGCGGCAAGGAAAAAAAAGAUAGAAACUACACAGAACAACCUGACUGCUAUGCAAGAGGAUGACAAUAAAUAUACAAGUGAACAAAAAAAAAAA